ACGCUCUCGUGCAGACUUGUGGGAAAUGUAGUCUCGGCUACUGUGACGUCACAGCAAAAGCUUUCGGAACUGAGCUUCCCUGUUCCUUCUGCUCACGUGCUUCUUUCCCAAAGUUCCGCGUGUGGCGAGUCCUGUUCUUCGCUGGGGUUUGCAGACCUGAGCAUGGAGAAACUGUUGUCAUUCAGUGAUGUGGCUGUUGAUUUCUCUCCAGAGGAGCGUGAAUGUCUGAACCCUGCUCAGUGGAAGGUGUAUAAGGAAGUGAUGUUGGAGAAUUAUAACAACCUCGUUUUCCUGGGUCUUGCUUUCUCUAAGCCAUAUCUGGUCACAUUUCUGGAACAAAGAAAAGAGGAUUCCAGUGUGAAGAGAAAAGUGACAGUUCGAAUACAUUCAGGAAAAAAACCUUGUAAAUGUGAAGUAUGUGGGAAGGCCUUUAAUAGGAACUCAGUACGUCUUCAACACCAGAGAAUUCAUACUGGAGAAAAGCCCUACAUAUGUAAGGACUGUGGUAAAGCUUUUAACUAUCCUUCAAGCCUUAAACAACACCAAAGAAUUCAUACUGGAGAGAAACCUUAUAAAUGUGAAGAAUGUGGUAGAGCUUUUCGUAAUCAGCCAGGCCUCGUUCUACACCGAAGAAUCCAUACUGGAGAGAAACCCUACAAAUGUGAAGUAUGUGGCAAAGCUUUUCGUAAUCAGUCAGGACUUACUCUACACCGAAGAGUUCAUACUGGAGAGAAACCCUACCAAUGUAAAGACUGUGGUAAGUCCUUUAGUGUUUCCUCAAUACUUUCUAAACAUCAGAGAAUCCAUACUGGAGAGAAACCUUACAAAUGUGAAGAAUGUGGCAAAUCAUUUAAUGUUCACUCAACACUUACUAAACACCAGAGAAUUCAUACCGGAGAGAAACCUUACAAAUGUGAAGAAUGUGGCAUGGCGUUCAAUGUUCGCUGCAUACUUUCUAAACAUCAGAGAACCCACACUGGAGAGAAACCUUACAAAUGCGAAGAAUGUGGUAAGGCUUUUCGGUGUUCUUCCAGCCUUCACCAGCACCGACAAAUACAUACUGGAGAGAAACCCUACAAGUGUGAGCACUGUGGCCAGGCCUUUACUUGUUCUUCAUACCUGUAUAAACAUAGGCGUAUCCAUACUGGUAAGAAACCCUACAAGUGCAAGGAAUGUGGCAAGGCCUUUUACUGCUCUUCAAACCUUCUUUAUCAUCAGAGAGUUCAUACUGGAGAGAAGCCAUACAAAUGUGAUGAAUGUGGCAAAGCCUUCAGCAUUUGCUCAGCCUUUGUGAAACACCAGCAAACUCAUAGUGGAGAAAAACCUUAUAAAUGCAAUGAGUGUGACAAAGCCUAUUUUAAUUGUCCUAACCUAAUUCAGCAUCAGAGAAUUCAUACUGGAGAGAAACCCUACACUUGCAAAGAAUGUGGCAAAGCUUUUAAUUAUACUUCAAGCCUUACUCAACAUGAAAGAAUUCAUACCGGAGAGAAACCCUACAAAUGUGAAGAAUGUGGCAAGACCUUUAACUCUGCUUCAAACCUUUAUCAUCAUUGGAGACUCCAUACUGGAGGGAAGCCCUAGAAAUCUGCACAAUAUGGCAAAACCUUAAACAGUUACUCAUGCUUCACGUGAUGCCAUGAAACCCAUACUAGCGGAAAUCUCUGUUCAUGUAAACACUGUGGCAAAGCUUUCAUCUGUGAUUCAACACUAAAGAAUUCUUGCGUGGAAGAAAUCCUAGAAGUGUAAGGAAUGAGGGAAGGCCUUUAAUAAUAAUAGCAUUUCAUACUGGUGAGCCCUUGUAAAAGGCAAAGAAGGUGGCUGUGUUCAGUGAUCAUCCUGUACUUAAGCCACAUCAAAUAUUUACAUAUAAACAAAACUCAAAUAUUCAAAUAAUGUUGGAAAUCCUUGAAUUUAUCUUCACACCUUAUUCAAAAGGCAUUUUGUUGAGAAACCCUACAAAUAUGGCAAGGCUUUCAAGUGAAGCCUAGUCCUCUUUAACCACGAGUGAAACAUAUUGAACAAAAACCUUUUACAUGGCAGUAACUCUGGAAGGAUCCUUGUCAAAUAUAGAAAUCUCAGACUAGCAAAUUUAUUACUCUUGAAAUCACUGUGGAAAUGGUGUAGCACGCCUUUACUCCUCACUUAGAUCUUAAGCAAUGUAAAGGAAUUAUUGUAGGAAACAAAUCCUAUGAAUUGUAUGAAAUGUCACAAAGCAUGAAAUAAUGCUUAUGAUUUAUAUGACAUUGUUUCUUGUAAUAGAAGGUCAUUACAGAUGUCUGAAUCAUGCAGAUAACUAGUCUGUGAGGAUAUCAAUUUGGUGUAAACCAAAUUUUUAUGUAUGUAGACUCCAUUUUUUAAAACUGAAA